UCUAAAGAUCACUUCUGACAAAUAAAUUUUCACACACAUGUAAAACCAAAUAAUUAUAUACAUAAAAAAGGUGUUAAAAAAAUAGAUAUAUUAAAAAGUGGUGUACAUACAUACAAAGAUAGUCAGACAGACUCGAAUGUGACGUUAGUGAAACCGAUCUAGUUCCAGUUCUUACUCAAACAAUUUUUUUAUAGAAAAAAUAGAGAUUCUCAAGAGAAAAACAAAAAAAGGAUUAACAACCAAAAACAAGAACUUCUUGUUGUUGUUUCAGCUAGGGCUUUCCCGGGAGAAUCCAAUCUUUACGGGAAAAUAAACCAGAUCCAGGGGUAGAAGAUGAAGUUUGGAAAAGAAUACGAGACGCAGAUGAUCCAAGAAUGGCGUGAAGCCUACAUGGAUUACCGUUCUCUCAAAGCCAUCGUCAAACAGAUCCUCCGUCACCACCAAAAAAAACAACAACAACAACGUCCACCUCCUCCUCCUUCUCAACAAAACGGAGAGAGUGCACCGUCGCUCCAGCCCAACGGCGGCGCAAACCAAGUCGGAGAGGAAACCGGUCCAACAGGGUUAUCAAGAACCAUAUCUCUCUACCGCGCAUUUAGCGGUCUGACCAACCGAUCCAGAGGCUCCCCGAAGAAAUCACACAAACAAAACAAUCCUCUAAGCAGCAAACGCCACCACCAUUACCAUCUCUUCGACGACGACGAGGAUCAAGUCAUUCUCAUCAACGAAGACAAGACGGGAACCUACACGACGACGUUUCUAUGCUCGGCCGAGGAAGGAGGAGAUAUGGACGUUCAGUUUUUCCGGCGGCUUGAUGGAGAGUUCAACAAGGUGUUGAGAUUCUAUAAGCAGAAAGUGGAGAGUGUUAUGGAGGAAGCUGAUGAGCUUAGUAGACAACUAAACGUUUUGAUCGCUCUUAGGGUUAAAGUUGAGAAUCCAAACAUUGUUUUUCCCAACAUUAGUGCUGUCUCUAGUGCUAGUUCUUCUCCACAUUCAACCCCUAGGGCUCCAGCCACUUCACCACUGGAAGUGAUCAAAGAAGUGGAACAAAAGGAAGACAAGAAAGACAAGAAAGUCUACAAACCUGCUCCAGUGGAAAUGUUGGAUCAUAUAAAGAUCAAGAUCGAAGCGGAAACUCCAUUGCAAACUCUUAAAUGCAUGAUCAUGGGUCUCACAAGCCAGCAAACCUUCAGCAAAGUUGAGCUUAAGGGUGCUGAGGAGCUUAUGAGCCGCGCUUUUGUUGAGUUCUACCAGAAACUUAGGUUCCUAAAGAGUUAUUGCUUCUUGAAUCAGUUGGCAUUUUCAAAGAUAUUAAAGAAGUAUGACAAGACUACUUCGAGGAAUACAUCAAAGCCUUAUCUAAACACAGUGGACCAUUCUUAUUUAGGCAGCUGCGAUGAGGUCUCGAGGCUCAUGUCAAGAGUGGAAGCCACGUUUAUUAAACAUUUCGCCAAUGGAAAUCACCGAGACGGGAUGAAAUCUUUAAGGCCUAAAACUAAGAGGGAGAAACACAGAGUCACAUACUGCCUCGGCUUCUUGUCUGGUUGCGCUGCCGCUCUCGCAAUUUCAAUAGCCGUUGUUGUACAUAUAAGAGGCAUAGCGAAAAGCGAAGGCAGACAUCAGUACAUGGAGAACAUCUUCCCUCUUUACAGCUUGUUGGGGUUCGUUGCGGUUCAUCUGUUUAUGUUUGCAGGAAACAUAUACUUCUGGAGUAGAUAUCGAGUAAACUACCCGUUUAUCUUUGGUUUUGAGCAUGGGACCGAUCUUGGUUACAGAGAAGUUCUUCUAGUUGGCGCUGGUCUAGCAGUUCUAACAUUCGGAGGAGUACUCUCGAAUCUCGACAUGGAAAUGGAUCCAAGAACCAAAAGUUUUAGUGUCAUCACGGAGCUAGUUCCUUUAGCUCUUCUCUUCUGCUUGUUGACGGUAUCAUUCUGUCCAUUCGAUAUUAUAUAUCGGGCAAGCCGAUAUUUCUUCAUCGGAUCCGUCAUCCGUUGUGUUCUAAGCCCGCUCUACAAGGUUAUUCUCCCGGACUUCUUUCUCGCAGAUCAAUUAACGAGCCAGGUGCAAGCAUUUAGAAGCUUAUUGUUUUAUGUUUGCUAUUAUGGAUGGGCCGGGGAUUUCAAGAAACGAACACAUGAAUGCUAUGAGAGUGAGAUUUAUAAAAAACUCUACCUUGUCGUUGCCAUCGUUCCUUACUGGUUCCGCUUUGCUCAGUGUAUAAGGAGGUUGGUAGAGGAGAAAGACAAAAAUCAGGGCCUAAACGCGCUAAAGUAUCUCUCGACUAUAUUGGCGGUUGCGACUAGGACAAUCUUCGAGAUGCAGAAAGGGAGGUACUUGCUUACUGUGGCUGUAGCAACGUCGACCAUUGCCACAUUGUUCAAUACUUACUGGGACAUUUUCAUGGAUUGGGGUCUCAUGAACCCCAACUCCAAAAAUCCUUGGCUUCGUGACAAACUCUUAAUCCCUCACAAAAGCACAUACUUCAUUGUCAUGGUGGUGAAUGUGGUGCUGAGGCUGGCUUGGAUGCAGACGGUUCUUGGGAUUAGAGAAGCUCCAUUUUUGCACAAAAGAGCUUUGGUUGCUGUUGUUGCCAUCUUAGAGAUUAUUCGUCGUGGCAUUUGGAACUUUUUCAGGUUGGAGAAUGAGCAUUUGAACAAUGUGGGGAAGUACAGAGCCUUCAAGUCUGUACCUUUGCCUUUUCAAGAAGCUGGAGGAAACAAGAGCAUGUAAACUAUACAUAUAAUUUCUCCCAAAACCAAAAACAAAUAGCAGCUGAAUUUGGAUUAAUUUUUUUAUUAUAUCGUAUGAAAAUUGAUUCUUCCUAAUUUUCAUAAAUUAAUUUUGGGUUAUUUAUUUGUUAAUGUGGAAUUAACAGAUAUGUACACAAAAAUAUAUAAAAGGUUAAUAUUAUAAACAUAUUAUCAGACAAAAUUCAAAAUGUAGAUGAACUGGACUUCUUCCGCAUUUUUAAUUUUUAAUGAAAUAUAUAAGAUGUGAUUAGGUUCUGCAUCUAUGAAGAUGUUGUGCUUGUAAUCUUUAUACAUCCUAUCUAUGCUAUUAAAAGAGAAAAAUUCUUUAAAAAUCUACUUAAACAAAGUUGUUACACCAUUUAAUUAUAUUUAACUAUUUUUUGUCUUAUCUUAUAUAUUUGUAACCAAUCAUACAUUAUUCAUCUAAUCUAUUAAAAAUUUUGUACUUAGCCGUAAGUUUUCCGCGAAAGUUACCUUCUCAUACCACUAGUAUUAGACACAGAGUUUUGCAUUUAAAUUAAACCGGCACACACGAUUGCUUAAAUAAAUUAGAUUUAUAAAGCCAUCACUAAACCACUUAAUCCUCGGUUGCUACAUAUAGUUGUGUACACUGAAUAAAACACAACAUUUUGCCUUAUUACUAAAACAUAACGUUUAACUUUAUUAUAUGCUGGCUGUGAUACUACUUUCCUUCCUCUUCGUGUACAUCAUAUUCCAUUGUUAUAACAGCUCCUGUUUUUUCAGUCUGUACAAUUUGAUGUACUUGAUUAAGCUUGAAAAUUUAUUCUUUCGUUCAUAAUAUAUUUCAUGAUUUAUAUAUAUUAAAAAAUUCAACAUCAGAACAAUUUGAUAAUACCAGUAUAAAUUAUUUUGUUCAAAAUCCAGACUAAUCAUUUAUUAAUUUCCUAGAAUAAAAAGACCUUCCAAAAUCUAUUCCUAUAUUUAAUCAAAUCUUCUUAACAAUCACAAUAUCAAAUCAUUCACGUAACUAGCAGAUGAUAUUUUUUUGGUUUAUACUUUUGCAAAUCACAUUUAAAUCAAAUAAUUUAAAAGGUCCACAUUUUCUUUGUUAAAUAUGAUGUACCAUUUUUAAAAUGAUAACAAACUGGCCCAAUUAAAUAUAGCAUAUUGGGUUUGCUAUAAUUACCAGAACCAUGUAUUUUUUGUUUUUUUGGUACCUUUUCGUUAGUUUAGAUUAUUACUGUUUAAUUAUUACUUUAAAAUAUACUUUAAAUCACAAAAGUUUUAUAAAGUAUAUAAAAUAUACUUUAUAUUGUGAUUAAAUAAUGUUUAAUGAAAUAGAAAAGUUGUUCCAAACCCUAUAAAUCAUCCUAAUUUCUACUUGGACAUACUAAACAAACUGAACAAAAUACAUCAAUCUCAAAACUCUAUAACUAUGAAACUGUAACAUGAAUUUUUAAUAUAUAAUUAUUUAGAACAUACACCCGCGCGGACGCGCUAGAUAUAUUAAUUGAGAAUCAUUUAAAAAGUUGUAAUCUUAAUUUUGUACUAAUUAAAAAGAGAUCAUUCUUAGGUGUCACUCAAUUAAGAUGUCAAUUUAGAUUACGUGGCAGCUUAAUAAUCAAUUGGAAAAAAAUGUUGGUCUAAAUUCAAUUACUAGAGAACAUUAUAUUAACCUAAAUUUAAGAAGUAUGUAUUUUUUCCUUAAAUAAUAUGAUUAACAUAUAUAUGUCAAUUAAUGACUAUG